AUGGAAUGCACUAUAGUGUCACUUGGAAUAGGGAAAGAUGUUGAAGCAGAAAAGUCAAUGCGAGCAGCGAUGCCCAACUGUGAAUUCUGGGGUGCUGAUCCUGUCCUAGAAACCAAUGCCGACAUCUUUCCUGAGGUUGGGAAAUUCUACAACAUUGCUGUUGGUGCUGAAAAUGGGACCUUCAGAUCUUGCACGAGUGAAAGACAUUUGCAGAUGAACAUCGAAGUACACAGACCUAAUGCCGAACAACUAAAGCAGUUCUUUGAUUUCUAUCAACAGUUGAUGGAGGAAAAGCAAUGGACACUGAUGAGCGCGUCGUCUAUCAUUGGACAUUUG